AUGCCAAUGAUAUUCGAUGAAUGUGGGUUUAUUGAUCUCAGUGAGGCCGGCCGUCAAUCGCUCAUCGCCCGUUCGCCGCUGUUUUUAGCUGAUCGCGUGAAGAAGCCCCUGCUGAUUAUCCAAGGAGCCAACGAUCCUCGCGUGAAUCAACGAGAAUCUGAUAUUCAGAUCAGUUCGUGGAACGUACUACGAAAGAACAACAUUUCUGUGACCUAUGUGCUCUAUCCCGAUGAAGGACACGGCGUUCAAAAGGUUUGUGGGCAUUUAUAG